AUGGGCGUUCAACUGACAUAUGCCAUCCGUCCAGUCUUGGAGGACCUCCAGAUCACCGCGACACCUCUACUCAGCCCAGCCCUCCUCGAGGAAAAUUGGUCCUCCUACUUUGACCGGCAAAGCGACCUCACGACAGUUUCCAGAUUGCCAGUCUCAGAAGAGGUGCUGAAAGAAAGACUUGCUCUGAUUUCAUCCGUCUUGGAAACGCUACAGGGGCUCAAUGCGACUCUGAAAAAUCCAUUCCCUUCCGAUAUGUUCUCCAGUGACGUCCUGCUCGGCGAUAACAAGGCUGACAUUCAACUGGCUGCUCGUUUGUUUCCGAAAGCUCCCGAGCAGCUGAAGCAGAGGCUUGGACAUGCAAAUUGGCUUCAUAUCCUGGAAGUCAAAAGAGGACGGAUGCCACACUUCCACGGUCUGGCAGGACGCAAGAUGGACUUGUCGGAACUCUUGAUAACCCUAGAGGGCAGCAUUGAGCCGACUAGCAUCUAUGACGGCGAGUGA